CCCGUACUAACCACAGGUCCAUCGACAGAAAUCUGCAAAAAUGGCCAUCAAGCACAACCAGCAGAUCCAGAAGAACCAUUUCCACAAGGACUGGCAACGCUACGUCCGCGUGCACUUCGACCAGCCUGGCAAGAAGAAGUCCAGACGCAACGCCCGUGUUGCCAAGGCUGCGAAGGUCGCUCCUCGCCCCGUCGACCUCCUCCGCCCCGUUGUGCGAUGCCCUACCGUCAAGUACAACCGCCGCGUCAGGCCCGGCCGUGGUUUCUCGCUCGUUGAGCUGAAGGCUGCUGGCAUUCCCCGCAAGUUCGCCCGCACCAUCGGUAUCUCCGUCGACCCUCGCCGCCAGAACCUCUCCGAGGAGUCCCUCAAGGCCAACGUCGAGCGCCUCCAGGAGUACCGCAAGCGCCUCAUCCUCUUCCCCCGCCGCAACGGCAAGACCAAGCAGGGUGACGCCUCCGCCGAGGACGUCAAGGCCGCCAAGUCUGGCGAGAACGUUGUCCGCAGCAACAUCCUGCCCAUCAAGAACACCCCCGUCUUCGAGGAGGGUUCCCUUGGUGACUACAAGAGCGAGGAGAACGCUUACAGGAAGCUCCGUGACGCCCGCUCUGAGGCCCGCCUCAUCGGCAAGCGCGCUGCCCGUGCCGCGGCUAAGGCCGAGGAGGAGGAGAACAAGAAGAAAUAAGCUACUCGCCAAAGUAGUGGUUCGGUUCUGUGCUAUGCCUUACGAUGGAUUCAAAAGUCAGGGUCUGGUGAUGGAUACUCCCAGCAUGGGCGGCGUUUAGGUCUGUCAAAGACACAUCUUGUGAAUGAUACCUAGUUUUGCAAAUGCAACCACGCCCCCAUGAACUAGAGGUGCGCAAACAGCUGUGUCAUCAGUGAUGUUGGUUUCCUUUUCUACACGGUCAAUGCGAUGCGAGUGCGCAGAAGCACAUGAUGUCCAGG